UUUUAUAUAAACAAUUUUUAUUAAAUUCUGUAUAUUAUAGUACUUUUGUUUGACUCUGUAUUAAUUAAAAAAAAAUUAAAUUUGAAGUACUUAAUAUUUAUCGCGGAAAAAUCAGUACAUCGUAAUAUUUGCAUUUCUACCUCGAUUAUUACUUCCGCCCUCGUCUCUUUUCAUUCAGCUCAUGAAUGGGGAUUGAGACCCCAUUCACCUAUAAUCGAGGGGGUUGAAACUUUCCCUAACAACAGAGAAACAAGCAUGCAUAAACAAAGGGCUGAUCGCAGUCCAUGUUCACAAUACAAGCUGAACAAUCGCAGAUAAGUCGUUUAAUAUAUCGUUAAGAUAAUCGUUUAAGAUCUUUAAUUGAACAUGGUGCUGUUCGAUGAAGCGAGAAAACUAAUGGACGAGAUGAUGAAAGUGACAAUCUUUCAGCCGUCCGAGAAACGUCGAAUGUUGGAGGAUAAAAGAACGACCUUUCUGGAUCCAAAUCUGGUUAUGGAUGCAAGGCACAGGAUAUUUCAAGAUCUAGCCAAAUCUUCAGCAAAGUUUUCUGUUCUAGCGGAGGCCAGAAGAUUACUGACCCAAGAAGAAAUGGAAGAAUUACAGUUGAAAAGAGAACAGGCUUUCGUAGACAAAGAAUUACGCAAAUUUGAGCAAGAUUUGCAAAAGUCUCGUCCUAAAUUUUGCGGAUUGUGUAGCAAAAAGAAUAUAGCUAGUUCAGAUGACGAAAAUUUUUGGAGAACAUCCAGUAGUGUUAAGCGGAUUCUCAUCGAUAAGAGGAGAAAAACGAUUGAGCAAAAACAAACAGUCGCACAAAAGAAAACCAGAAAACUCUUCGCGGAAGUCUCUUCUACUAAAUCGGAAGAUAUUUGUUCGACAAACGGGAUCGAGACAGCGUCUUUCGGUAGAAUUAAAGUGACCAUCAAAGAUAAACCAAGCUGCGAAUCGAAAGAGCAACGAUUACAUGUUUUAAGAUCAUGUUUUGAGGUUCUUCGAAAAAACGCACGGGAUAAACGUCGUCUUUACGAAAUAAGAACUUGUAUCCAAAACAUUUUGUUGCAAAGAAAACUGAAACCAUACAUACAUCUAUGGAAAAUGCAUGUAAGAAAGGUGAAGGCUCAGCGAGAAAAGGCGGCGGAAAAUACUGAUGCGCGAAAGAUCGAGAUGCUCAUCAAUACUAUCAACGAGACGCAGAAAGAGUUGAAGUCAAGUCAAAAAAUAGUAUCAAAAGGUCCUUCAAAUCCGAAAAACAGUGAAUCGAAGAAGAAGCCUCCUUCCAAGUCGUUUGUCAUCGAAUCACCGGCCCAAUGUCGACUAAACGCCCAGAAGGAGAUUAUUCGCAAGCAGAGAAUGAAACUCGCCGAGCAGAGCAAGAUCAUCGAGGAAUUGCAACUAAAACAAGUACAAGAGGAAAUAACCAGGUCCGGCGAGGAAACGGUGAACGCGGCCAGGGAGACCUUGACUCAUUGCGGUCAGCAAACCAGGAGAACCUUGAUCCAGUUGAUGAGACAAGCAGGCUACAGGGACAAAUGCCUGAUGACGCCAGUCCGAGUGCCGAGUCCUUCUAAAUUUCUAACAAGGAUGGAGGCGCGGGCGGAAGAAAGGAGAAACAGAAUAAAGUUGCGUGAAGAAGCGCAUCGAAAGAAACUGGAGGAUGAAAGAAGGAAAGAGGAGGCCGCCAGGAGGGCGGAGGAGCAAGAGCGGAAAAGAUUGCAACAAGAGGCUUUACGUGAGGCGAGAAGAAUUCGCGAGGAACGGGAGCAACAACGAGCGCGCGAAAUAGAAAGAUAUAAGAGACUAAAUGCCAUAGCGGAAGCAUUUUAUCGCAAAUACUUAUUGCGACGUUAUAUAAUCGCGCUCGUUGAAAAGAAGAAUAAUGAUAUAAGAAAAGCUGAGGACUAUUAUAGGCGGUGUUUGCUUCAAAAAAUGUUUGUGAUGUGGAAGAUGGAAACAGAACGUCAGAAUAAAAUUAAAUCCGAGUUAGCUGCAUCGUUGUAUAACAGAAAUUUAUUGCGGUGUGCGUUGCAGAAGUGGAAGGAAAUAGUGAAGGAGCAGAUGAGGAAGGACCAAGUGGCUAAAGACUUCUCCGACAUAAGAUUACAGAACAAAUACUUUAAAACGUGGAGAAUAAAAGCUGUGAAAUAUAAAGUAGAACGAUUGAAGAGUGAACGUGUAGCGUUACAAUACUAUGAAGAAAAAUUGAAAACUAAAUAUUUCAAUAUGUGGAAAAAGUAUCCAGAAAUAAUGUCGGUUAUCAUUGAAAAGAGACGAAUGAGAGAUAUGUGGCGGGAAAUUGUGCAAGAAGUAAUACCAGACUUUGACCCCAGACAAAGAGGUGUAAUAUUAGAAGACUAAUGUGUAAACGAAUUUAGAAAUAACUUAGAUUUAAUACUGUACGACAAUCGUUGGCUUCUCGUAUCUGAAUGAGGUAAAGAGUAGUCUUAUUCCUAAAAUACACACAACAUACAACGUAACUUUCUUUUUUUUACGUAGAAUAAAACAUAAGCUAUUACUGUACACAUACACGUAUUUAAAUUUCUUUUUUCAUGAACUUACUUUAGAGUAUUUAUAUGUAUGUGUGUACUUAAUUAAUACAAUUUACUAUAUUACUCGUACAAUGGCCAUUUUAUCACAGUUACAAUAAAUAUACAAAUGGUAUGC